AUGAGUCCCUGGGUAAAGAGUGGGGAAACUUCAGAUUUUGGACUGAAGAACGAAGGGGUGCUUUGUUCUCGUGGUAGAGUCUACGUACUGAAAGAUACUGACCUGAGGCAGUUUAUACUGCAAGAGGCACAUAGUAGCCCGUAUGUGAUGCAUCUGGACGAAAAUAAGAUGUAUCAUGACCUUCGUGAGUUAUAUUGGUGGCCUGGUCUUAAGCGUAAAGUUACCAAUUUUGUGGGUAAAUUUCUUACUUGUCAGCAGGUUAAGGCUGAACACCAGUUACCUUCGGGAUUGCAUCAGCCAAAGCUGGCUAAGCUGUAUAUGUCUGAAAAUAUAAGACUACAUGGGGUACCGGUUUCCAUCAUAUCCAAUAGAAAUCCUCGCUUUACGUUUUGGUUCUGGAAGAAGUUAUAUGAGGCUCUGGGUACAAGUUGGACUUCAGGUAGUUGGGAGCAUUACUUCCUGUUGGCAGAGUUUGCGUACAACAAUAGCUACCAGUCUAGCGUAUGGCACCUUACGAGGAAUUGUAUGGUCGUAGAUGUUGUACUCCUUCGUGCUGGAUUGAGUUAG